AUGGCAGGCAGCCAACCAGCGGCCUUGUCUGCGCGCCCCUCCGCACCUCUGACCGGGAAAGAGAGCGCUGGACUAGUAAUGCAAGACGUUGGACUUGCAUGCCUAUCGCCAGGAUUCCACACACAUGACCCGACCAUGCGAGAGCAGUUACAGCGGAGUAUAGACGUGCGGGACCGCCAACGACAGAUAAUAGAAGCCCGCCAGAAAGGCGUCAAGCCUCCGGACAGUGCGAGCGAAGGACUGCGGCGAUCAGAUAGCAAUCCAUUCGGCAACGAAUCGAAUGGGCCAAUCACCUCACGAAGGAAGGGCCCUCCACCGGGUCUCUCAAUCGCUCCACCCUCCCACUCUCAAUUCGCCAAUGAACGCGUGAUCCAAUCCGCACCGCUAAACCACUCCUUUACCGGCCUGCGCCAGCACGCACAACCCCUCUCCCGCCAGAUCGUCAACGCGCCCUCCAGCCUCUCCCAAACAUCCCACAUCCACCACGUCCCCGCAACGCAAACAAACAACCGCCUCCCGCCCAUCUCUGACGUCUUCGCUGGCGAAACCCUGGGCGCGCCCCGAGAUCCGAGCAGCACCCGCAACGGCUACUACAGCAAUCACAGUCCCGGCCACUCGUCCCACUCGAAUCACCCGCCGCCGCUCCCAUCGCCCAGCUUCCCCCCUACCUCGUCGUCCGCGCAAGUGCAUCCCCCGCCACCACCUCUGUCGGGCCGCCCGCGCGAAUACAAGUCCGCCGAGGAAGCCGUCCAGUCCAUGACGGGCGGCCGCGAAGACCUCGUGCCGCGCAUCGUGCACUACGGCGGGCAUCAACCUCCCACCCCGCCGUCGCCCAUGCCGUCGUCUGCCAAGCACCCGCCUCCGUCGCUCUCGGCGCACGGCUUGAACGCGCCGACGACGGGCGCGGAUAUUCAGCGGAGUGGCAGCGGCAGGAGGAGAAAUAGGGAUGAGUACGAGCGGGAUAUGGGAACCCCGCCCUUGGGACGGAACGCGGAACCCAGGAGAGGCCCGUUUGGAGAGGGCAGAGAUAGUCCGGAGACGCAGACGAAGAAGAAGGAGGAGUUUAUUGCGCUUUGUGCGAGGGCGUGGGAUUUGUUUCAUUCUUAG